AUGGCACGGGACGGGGCCCUUAUUGUUAAGGGUGAUGCUGAAGCCAAAUUGGCUAAGGCGGAUCAGGACUUAACCGACGUCCGCUUCAAGCUGAAGGCUGCCGAGGGGAAUAUAGCGGUAGGUCACAAGUCCCACAAGACGGGUGAGGAUGAAGCCCUGGAGCGGCUGAAGGAGGCGUUGGCUGCGACUUGCCCUUCUCAAGAAUGGAAUGAUGUCUGGUAUAAGUACAAGGAAAUGUAUGAGGCCGAGGCGAAGGAGAUCCGGGCUCAGAUUGCUCUAGAGGAGGGUGAAUUGGAUGACGAUGACGACGACGACGAUGAUGAUGAUGAUAAUGAGGAUGACAAUGAUGAGGAUGACGAUGAUGAGGGGGUUGAAGCGGCUUAG